AUACUGUCUAGAUAUAAUUGCUUUGUGUUUUUUAAUAUGCUUCUGGUUAUUCAAUUUUUAAAUACUUAUUUUGACAAUUCAACAAGAGGGAAGUUAAAAAAAAGUUGUUUAUCUCGUUUUUUACAAGACACCACAGGGAUACAUAAUGAAAGUGGAUAACUAUGAAGACUUGGUCAAAUGUGGUUACUUAGAGAUGAAGCUGCCAAGAAAACACAGAAAACUUGGAAGACAGGCGUGGAGACGAAAAUGGUUUAUUCUCCGACGUAAGUCGUCACAGGGCGGACCGAGGUUGGAGUAUCACAAAAGUGAGGAAUCAUGCUUAAACGCACAAAACAAAACUGUUGUAGAAUUAAAAACUUUAACGAAAAUAGAUGAUUCAAAUAAAUCGAAAAGUCGAAGUAUAACAUUCAAAUUGAUAUUUGAAGAUACUUUCCUCACUUUAUCCACGCAAAACACGAAUAACAUGAACGAAUGGAUUCGCCUUAUACGAAAAUUUGUGGCGUUACCGGUACCCAAACCAACGCCCUUAUUACCGGUUGUUGAAGGUUCUUUCCAAGUGACAGUAAUAUAUACGGAGGAUUCAGAAAGUAUGAAUUUAGCUGGAGAAUAUUUGAUGGUGGUCACCUCUGAACACCUGCUUCUAUAUCGAAAUAGUAACGUGAUAAAUAGAAGCGAUGAAGUAGGAAGAAACGGUAGCGACGGGAAAAGUCGAAGUACUGAAGUUGCAAAAUGGGAUCUGGAUGACAUACCAAGAUUCCGGUUACAAAAAUUGAACCGUUUAAACGACGCUGAGAAAAUUUUUAUCGUUAAUUUAGCUAGAACCAGUCAAACUACUGAAGGCGAGUUUCAAUUUUUAACACAAAAUGGACGAGCGAUAUUAGAAACAGUCAAAUCUCGUAUUAAACAACGCAGUCGCAACAAUGAAGAUUCCCCACGUUCAAGUCCUGUGGAGGAGGUAGCGAAUUCUAAUUCAAGCUUCGGCGUAGAGGCUUCUCGCUCAAGAUCAUGCUCUGGUCGCAGCCAUAUCUCCCACCAGUCAAUUCCAGACUCAACUGUUUCGAAAGUAUCAAGUACUUCAGAUAGAGAAAUUCCAACUCGUCUAGUCUCGUCUGAUUUCUCGACUUUUUAGUACAUGUGAAAAUAUUUGAAUCUAUGUGUACAUUAUCUUCUUUUUUUGUAAUUAAAUUUUUCAUAAAGAAAUUUGUAGAUAUUUAUAUAUAUUUAAGAAAUAGAUAAAUGCAGAGAUUACAGGCUCAUGA